AUGUGGCUCAGCUCCUCCGCGGGAUGGGGACUACUUUUUACUACCGAUCAGUGAAUCCGACCGGGAUGUGACCGCUGCAUGACUCGUUUAUGACAUACGAAGACCCGAGUUUUUCUUUCUCUCUGUUUUUCCCGACUCUGUGCUCGGUAUUGCGCUCAGGAUGACUUUGCUGUGGAUUUCUAUCAUUUUAACUUUUCAAACCUGUCAAUCAGAGAUGUCGGUACGCGGACAACUUUACACAAACCACUGGGCCGUUAAAGUCCCAGGUGGUCCGGACCAGGCUGAGAAAAUAGCUGCGAAAUACGGAUAUGUCAAUCUGGGACAGGUAACAAAUGCAAUCAUCCUAUUAUCUUUUUUCAUUAUUAUUCAUUAUGGUGGUGAAUGUGAUGUAUGAUACGUCACAUAAAUCAUAAGCAUUAUAAACACACAAACAGUAACUAUGAAAGUCUGUGUUACACUUUAUCACGAGACGAUCACCGGUCCGCGAGGACACCGGUGAAAGAUUAACACGGAUCAGAUUAUUUUUGAUUGGAAACAAAUAAAAACAAUAUCUGAGAGCAUUUUUGUACUCUUAUCAACGAUGACUCCUCUCCCGGAGCCUCUAUAAAUCAUUUACAACCCGUGGAUGUGUAAAGUAAAUCGAUAAGCAUAUUGUAUGUUUGUUUUAAGUUAUAUCGCCAAACAUUUUAGCUCCAUCAAGUUGAAGAUUUAGCCUCUUGCUUAUUAAAACUCCUCCUUGGUUUAUCCUUCACAUGGUUAUAGGUUACUUUAUACAACCUGCUAAUCGGCCAAAUUUAGUUUUCAAGGAGUUAUGACUGAAAACCUCUAACAAGACAUGAGAGUAGUGUGUGAAUGAGUGUAUUGUCACUUGAAGAAUAAUAGGUGUGAUAUGAAAAAGGUACUGAAUGGCUCUCACUGUUUGAUUUAAGGUGGUGUGAAAGGAAUUGAAAGCAGACACAUCUGGCUGUAGAUAUUUGGCUUCAUAUACAUAUUGUUAUUGUGGUGAAUGUGAAUCAUAUGGUCUGUUUCGUUUGUCAUGUUUUUAAUGCAUUACAGCCAUGUAUCUUGUAUAACAUUGUUCACUGUGCAGCUGCAGCUCUCUAAAGGGACAUUUUAAACUCAGUAUUUCCAAUUAUUUAACUAAUGAUUUAGAAAUACAUGAAGUUAUAAAAACAAAGUUAAAAAAGUCUUUAAUCUUCAGAAAUGUGUAGCGUACAUUUUGUGAAAUUCCUAACCUCCACCUAUAUAUCAAAAACAGUUGCUUCUUUAGUACUUAAACUCAUCUUUAUUUCUGUCAUUAUCAGUUGCUGAAUAGGAUUACUACUGCACUGCGCUUGAGUUAGGGCCUGUCAGAAAAUCUCCAGUAAUCUUGUUCCUUUUGCUUUAAAGAAGUUGCUCUUCUCUAUGCAGUCCUUACAGAGGUAUGGUUAUGUUAAACCACAACUCAUUGUUUCGCAGGCUGUGUUGAUGAAGGAGAAAAUGCAGGAUGUCUCUGUGAGUGAGGAGAGGAUGAGGUUUGAUGUAGAGAGAGGAAUGGUUUGGGUCAGAGGCAAAUAAAUCUGAAGAGUAUGACUGUAAGUGUGCCAGCUGUGCACAUGUGCUGAGAGAUCUGCUCACAAUUGAGUGUGUGUGUGUGUGCAUUUUUAAACCGACUUCAUCUGCUGACUACAGAUGGCUCCAAUGUGUUUUCAGUGAAGAGGGCUUUGCAGAAUUAGAUAUUUUUCACUUGAAAAAAAGUCAAACCACAGCAGUCUUGAUAACAGUGUCUAUAAGAGAAGGAGGGUUUAGCUUUCAGUCAUCUGUUUCUUCUUUGGUUUAAGCUCAGAUCAAACAAAACAAGACUCUGAAGUCUCUUUACUCAAAAUUUUGCCUAAAACCAGAUGUGACAUUAUUGAAAAAAAAAAGAGAAAAAAACACUAUACACCAUAUAGGAUGUCUUGAGCAUAAAUCUACACAAGGGGAACUUUUGCAAGGACCAGAAAAGCGAAAAGAAUCUGACUAACUGUUGUAUUGUCUUCAUGUUUGGGUGUUUUUGGUCAGAUAGGAAGUCUGGAGGACCAUUACCAUUUCCACCACAGCAGAGUGGUUCGCAGGGCGGCCUACUCCUUCAAAGGCCCCCACAGCUUCAUCCACUUGGAUCCUAAGGUGAGACUCGACUCUGAUACCUGUGAUCAAAACAUGCUGCAGUGGAGAUAUACAGUCACAUGACCACGUUUAUACAAAUGCAGCAGUGCAAGCUUUAGCUGUUUUUGGUUUUUGUUUUUUCUCUGGUUCAUACUACUGACUUGUGAAGUUGAGUUUUGACCUCUUGGCUUUUGUCAGAAAUAAUCAUUUUAGGUUUAUUAAAAUAUUCAUAAGGACAUUUUAUGACAGUAUUCUUGCAAACAUGCCUUCCUUUUUUCUCAAUGUUUGCCUAAUAAGAAGUUCCUGGCUGUCUCAGAGUGUAGAGAGUCUGUUCUUUUGUUACGACCCUCUUUUUGAAUAAGCCUGCCUUGGUAACCUCAUGCUGCUCUUUUCCCAUUUAAGGUGCACUGGGCCGAGCAGCAGGUAGUCAAACCAAGAGUGAAAAGGCAAGUUCGAAGUGACCCAGGUGUCAAUCAUUUCACUGACCUUAAAUGGUCCAGCAUGUGGUACAUUGUAAGUACUCUCUACAGAAUCACUCUUACAUUUUUUUUUAAACUUAGUGUAAGAUAAGUCUUAAAUUUUCCUUCUCCUUUUGAGCACUGCAACGAUAGGAACAGCCGCUGCCGCUCAGAUAUGAACAUCCUAGCAGCUUGGAAAAGAGGCUACACCGGCAAAAACGUGGUGGUCACCAUACUGGAUGAUGGCAUUGAGAGGAACCACCCCGAUUUAGCUCAGAACUAUGUAUGUACUGUUUAUCACACUAUUUGCAAAAAUAGAUGUUGUAGGACCAUAGAAAUCUACUCCAUCAAAAUCUGGGUUUACUGCUCAGUCAAAUGUCAGGUUGUCAACACCACAAUAUUUUAAGCACAAACAGAAAAGUACAUGUAUUAGAGUUAAAUGUUGGAAAAAACACAGUUGGCCGAACACAGAAAGAAAUCAGGUCAAAGUUCACACCAACUAUAAUUUGGUUACCAUAGCAGUGAAUUAGAGGAGACACUUUAGUUUCAAGUCGUGCUGUGAAGCUCUGAUGGUAAAGAGAAAGACCUAUACAUGCUGAAAAUACCUUUAGUAAGAGCUUGGUGGUUGGCCGACUCUUACAGUUUUUUUUAUCUGUUAAUAUUUCUGUCAGUGACAGUUUUGGCCACAGUAUUACUAAGAUAGUACUUUUUAAAACCCUGUUACUUUGUGUGUGAUUGUGUGAAAAAUCUGAUGUGUGUGGCUGUUUUAUUAAUCUCAACAGACAGCAGAAAUCUUUGACAUUUCAAACAAUUUCCAAUAUCUAUAACCGUCUUUUAAAUGUUGUUUUUUUUGGGCUGAAAUGAGGGGUUACUAUCAUAUAAUUUUUAGUGGUCCUAUUUCUAUAAUCCUAUUUAACCCUGUGUCAUGUCAUAUGCUCCACUUUGUCCUCGGUUUUUGUGUCACUUUACCCAGGCUUGGUUUGUUGGAUAGUUUUGUGCUGUUUCCUCCUGUGAGACUCAAUUUUCCUCAGCUCAACUUCAUUUCUUCUGCAGGAUCAUUUGGCGAGUUAUGAUGUCAAUGGGAAUGACCAUGACCCAACACCACGCUAUGACCCCAGGAAUGAAAACGUGUAAGAAAGAACAACAGACAUGUCUCCAUCCUUCUUCACCUCAGAUCUACAUAUCCUGUAGUUACCCAGUACCCCUCAAUACUCAGUUUAGGCCUCUAGCCUUUGAGUUUUUGCAAAUAAACACAUGUAAACCCUACAAGAGAGGAGAAUUCCUUCAGGAGAUGAUGACCUGUUAAAGAAAGGGGGUGUGUUGAGAUCCAAAUAAAGUCUCAACUGCAGGGUCUGGUUCCGCUGGUGGUGAGCUGGGUCUGUGGUAUCUCUUUUUUUACAGACAGACUGCCAAUCCAGCAGGGCUUCUUUUUUUUUUAUUUAAAGAUGCCUUUUGGAGGUGUUUAGAUGGAAUUUGAAUUUGCCUCUGAAAUGGAUAACAGCUGGUUGUCUGGUCAUAAGUUCUGUGUUUGUGCUCUGUUUACAUGUAGACAUGGAACCAGGUGUGCUGGAGAAGUUGCAGCAGCAGCCAAUAACUCGCACUGUAUUGUUGGAGUUGCCUACAACGCUCACAUUGGAGGUUGAGUUUCUCUCCUCUCCAACACUGAACUGAUAUUCUCAGGGUUUCUCUUCCUGUUUGUUUAUGCUUAAUACUGUAAGGUCUCUUUCAUUUAUGUUAAAGUUGAUUUUAUGAUCUAUUUCCCAUGUAAUCUGGUCAAAGUAAACAUUAAUGCUGGUAAAUCACUGAAGCACUGACAUUGAUUUGAUCUUGGAUACAGGGAUUCGGAUGCUGGAUGGUGAUGUGACUGAUAUAGUGGAGGCGAAGUCCCUGGGUAUCCGCCCUGACUACAUUGACAUCUACAGCUCCAGCUGGGGUCCAAAAGACGACGGCAAGACAGUGGAUGGCCCAGGGCAGCUAACCAAGCGAGCCUUUGAGCAAGGCAUCAGGAAGGUUUGAUCAAACUAAGAUACAUUUCUCCACAUAGACGAUGUGGUUUAUGCUGAGUCACAGCAUCACAUACAUGUGUCCCACAGGGACGCAAAGGCCUCGGGUCCAUUUUCGUCUGGGCGUCAGGUAACGGUGGUCGGCAGGGUGAUCACUGUUCAUGUGACGGCUACACCAGCAGUAUCUACACAAUCUCCAUCUCCAGCACCACUGAGAAUGGAAACAAGCCGUGGUACCUGGAGGCCUGCAGCUCCAUCAUUGCAACAACAUACAGCAGCGGGGAGUUCAACGAGAGGAAGAUCGUGAGUAAUGGAUGACUGUGUAUUCUUAGCUUGAGCUCUGAAAGUCACGUGAGAUGAAAGAGACACAAAUGUUAACAUGUGACUCUCAGGGUCAACACAGGCUUGUUCACAAAAGCAUAGACGAUACUACAGAUGUGAAGAAGUGUUCAGGUAGAGUUAAAUUAAAAAUGUGAUACUGUAUAGUCUGCUGGUGCUCAUGUGAAAUGAAAUCCGACAAGGUGAGAGAAAAACACUGACAUGAAGAUGUACUAACUUAACAUUCAAACAGUCAGACACCACGUUUUGAUGUAAAGAUGAUUUCAAUGAUUCAGAAAUGACUCAUUAGUACAAAAAUCCCCCAGUCUCAACUAUUGGUUGUACUUCUAUGGCAACAGAGUUGUUAUCAAAUUGACAUCAAACCUAAUAUUUCAUUCACAGUAAAAUCUUGAUAUCAGCAUUUUCUCGUUGGUUUUCUUUAAAGAUGACAAAAAAAAAAAAAGCGGCACGUCUCUAAGGACAGUCCUCUUGGCUUUUCUGUAGAUAUUUCCUCCUCACUCAUGUUGUCCUUUAAAGCUGCGAAAGCCCACUCUGGGUCUUGGUUGCUUUAUGCCUGUUUUCUUAAAUUUGGUUGAUGUGUGUUUUUAUUUUGCUGCUCCUUAUGUGUUUUGACGUUCUUCAUUGCACUGUUUCCCCUCUUUCUUUUCUCUCUUGCUGACUGGAUCGAUAUUAACCACCUCUUUCAAACUUUGUGAUUACUCGAUGAUUUCACAGCAGUAUUGACAUCUCCUCUGCAUUGUUUACUAAUGUACAAGUAAAGAAACCUUUUGCCGCAUUGCACUCACCUUGAUAAGGUUUUCCCAAGCAUCAGCUUUGCUAUUUAUAAUUAACAACCAAUGGUAUCAGCCAUAUUACUCUGAAAACCAAUCAGAAUUAAGUAUUUAACAUGGCCAGGUGACUACUAUAGGCUGAGUGAUAAACAAUGACAGAUAUUUUACAUAAAUAUCAAAAAUCAACAGACCUGCAGCUACAAAAAGCAGGGAGGACAUCUGGCAAUCGAAAGGUAGACUCUAAUUUUAACUUUUAUAAUUUCAAUUUAUAGUUGCCAUAUCUACAAAUAUGUCCUUUUUUAUCAUUCAGGACAUGUAUAUUUUCUUAAAAGGCACUACUCUCUGAUUUGCAGUUUGAUUCAUAGAGCGGGGAAUAAAACUUCCAGGUCAAUUAUAUGUGCAGUGAGUAAUGUUAGAUUUGUUGUGUUUGUGAAGUGAAACGGACAUUUGUGUCUGAAAGGACUGGUGUCUCUACAGUUUUAUCAGAAUCUCACAGACACAAUAUGUUACUAAAAUUAAGCUGUAUGCCAUAUAAAACAUCUGCAUUACCCUCAUUUGAGAUAAGAACAAACUUCCCUAAAUGAAAACCUUUCUAGGAAAAGCUAAACUGAUGUGUAUAAACCAGGUCACUGACACGAUGAGCCAUUUGUGUGUGUUCAUGCUCUGACUGUUUGACCUUGAAAUCGACCGUCUAGUAUGGGGGAUUAAAAUGGGAUUAGUUAACAAAAGGGGAAAAAAUGUAAUAUCUGCUGUAGCGUCUCACUGGUCAGAGAAUGAAUCAGAGUAACUCCUGUUUUGACAGAUAAGGUGAGGCAUGUGCUGUUAGGUUUGUGUUUGCAUGAGUAGAAGGAGACCAAGGAUCAGUGAAGGUGGUUUUAAUUUGGACUGUAGUGUCACUCUAACAUCAUUUGGAGAGUUUAAGACUGAGAUGACAAAGUGAAGAGACAGAAGGGUUUAAAUUCACCCACAUUAAAAGGUGGUACUCCUCUGCCAAGCUGCAGUUAUUAAUGAACUGUGAGAAUCUGUAUUUGGGUCCUCUCUGGCUCUAACCGUGGGUCUCUGUGUCCCUCAAAGUAAAUAUUUUGCUUUGUCUCUGGAAAAAAACUAGUGCAAAGAUAAAACUGGCUCACUGCUGUAGUGGGUGAGUGAGUUGGAGGCCAGCCAAGAUUCAGGUCAUUUGAAGAGAGGAAAACCACACAAAUUUUUUUUCUUUAAUUUCAAAAAAAGAGGACUUCGGUGGAAGUGCAUUGACAAAGCAGACUGCCAGAUUAGAUUUUUUUUUUAUUUCUUUGUAUUAUUAUUUUUCAUUCAGAUUAGAUUCAGUAAGGUUAAAUGUAUUUAUUUUUGUAUUUUUUCUAAUUAAUUUCUAUUUAGAUUAGAUGAGAUUGGAUUAUUUUAUAUAUCUUUAUAUGAAAAUUUUAUUCAGAUUAGAUUCGAUAAGGUUUAAUUAGACUAUUUUUGUAUUUUUUUCCAAAUUUUUAUUUAGAUUAGGUUAGAUGAGAUGAAAUAAGAUUAGAUUAUAUAUUUACUUUUUUAAAUUAAAUUUUCAUUAAGAUUAAAUCAGAUUAGUUUAGACUAGAUAACAUAAAUUUAUGUUUAGAUUAGAUUAGAUUAGAUCUGGCUGUAUUGUCAGACACUGCGUUUGGGUUUUGUUUACAUCUGUAAAUGGAUACAGUCUAGUAAUUAAAAGUUUAUGCAGCAGGAAAAGUGGCUGGCCAAUGACGUAUGUUCUUCAUUAUUCAAUCUCUCCCUGAAGGACAGACAUUGGGCUUUAAGAUGCCUGACCCUGCUCUGCUGCAAAUCAAGCUGUCUGUUUUUUUAGGUAGAGAGGCUGAACAGGUCAAUAGAUACUGUAUUACUGUCAUUUAUGGAGGAAAAAACCUCCAGAGAUAUGUUGGUUAAGGUCCAAAGGCACCUGUACAUACCCAGUUCAAUGUCCAUGCUUACUUAAAAAGUAAGCGUUGCCUCUCUCACAUGUACAGUCCUGAACUGGUUUAGAAAAUAUCAGAUUUUUCAGAGGUCUGGACAUGAGACCAAAAGGAUGCUGCAGUAAUCAAGGGAAAUUUUUUAAUAGUUUUAGCCAAGAUAAAAAAAACUGCGGAUCCUUUUAAUUUGCUCUCCCAAAUGUGUCCUUUAUAUUUUAUUCUCUUACUUUCUUCUUUAUUCUCUUAAUUUCCUUGAACCACUGGUGUUUGUGCGUAAAUUCAAGAUAAUUAAACUAAAGAUGAAAAGUGAGUAUAUCACAGUCCUUCCACAGGCUGGUAGUCUUUCUCACCCCCUUACUCGUUCCUCUUCCAGGUUUGCACAGACAUUCACCUCACUACUUCCUCUUAUCGAAAUGUGCCACUGAGUACACAGCCCUCCCCCUGCAGAAUUACAGGGAAUUUUCAGGAGUUUUGUGCAUAUUGUGAAAGCUCUACAUGACUCAACAUGCUCACAGUCAAAUUUUAAUAGCAGCAACACACUGAAGCACCUUUCUGUCUACACACCUGAGAGAGGCUGCAUUAAUGCUUUAAAAACAUGACUUUGUGGAAAACUGUAAAUGUUGCUGUCAACAUACUUGUUCCUCUCAACUGAGCAGAAACCACCCAGCACUGGUUUCGACCAUCCAGAUUGAAAUCCACAUGAACCUUUUUACUGCUUUACCUUGUAUUUUAUAGUUCACUUCACUCCUUCAUAAUUUUACUGUGAGAUUGGCCGGAAGAGACUCUGACCAGAGUUGCUUCAAAAUAAAAGCUCCAGUUAAAAAAAUAGAGAAUGAAACAUCGGGGCCACAUAAAACCAUCACGAAUUACGGUUUGGGGUGAGACAUAGAUUGUAUUAUUUAAAAGGCUUGCUCUGUGUUUGUGCUCCCUCACAGGUAACGACUGACAUCCGACAUCGCUGCACUGACAGUCACACCGGCACGUCGGUCUCUGCUCCCAUCGUGGCUGGAGUCAUAGCUCUCGCUCUGGAGGCCAAGUCAGUCCAGCUUCUUCAAACUUGCUUUGAACUGUUUUUAAAGCAAAACAAUAUAUCUAAUUUACCUUCAAAGUGCAGUUUCAAAAUCUGACUUGAAAGAUAUAGACUGCCUUUUUAAAGCACAUGUAGACCUGAUUACAGUUCCUUUUUUUAAGUCAACUAAUGGAGCAUUUCUUCAAACUUAAACGUACUAGUUGUGAUCCAAUAUUCAUUGAUGUUUAGGAUCUGCGUUUUGCAGCAUUUGACAAGUGCAGUGUCCUUGUUUUUCAGCCUUUUGCUAACAUGGAGGGAUGUGCAGCAUAUUCUGGUUAAGACAUCUAGACCAGUGCACCUGAAAGCUGAUGACUGGAAGACCAAUGCUGCUGGACACAGAGGCACACUGCAUUCUUCUGCUAAUACUAACAUAGUACAUUAACUGCUUCAUACUUGAAAUACUCUAGUUUUGGUAGUGUGUGCAGUUAAACAGGAGCUAUGCAGACCAUUUCUACAUCACAGAAGCAGUCACUCUUAAUGUGUGUGUCCUCUCAUACAGUCAGCCACCUGUAUGGGUUCGGCUUGGUAGAUGCAGAGGCCAUAGUUCUGGAGGCUAUGAAGUGGAGGACUGUUCCAUCUCAGCACACCUGUAGUCAUAAUCUGGAGAGACGCACCAGGUGAGCUGAACUACAGAGAUGGGCUGUAGCUUAACCUGACAUGAAGAUAAAAGAGACUAAACUGGACAGCUCUUGGUGAAUUUGUCAUUUUAAACUGCAAUGAUGGCUGUACACCAAGUGGUAACCCCCAGUCUUGAGAAAUGAAGCUGAUGUAUGUUCAAGCGUUAAAAACUGCAGUUCCUCAAGUGUCCACUUGAGGCUGCGAAAGCACCAGAAGCCACUUCCACAUCUUUUCAGAAAAGACCAUCUUUACUGCAAAAACAAAGAGCUUGGUACAAAACCAGUGUGGGCUGAAAAGUUCAUCACUUUAUCUUCUAUCGCACAAAAUAUGACAUCCUUGAGUAUCGUUGAAGAAAGCAUGUUGAUAAUUCAAUGAUAAAAAACUUGUUACUAUAAAUACUCACCUAAGAAGUGGGAUACCGAGUGGUGACUGUUUUUUUGCAGUGACCAUAUCUGAUUUAACAAAUCACAUGCAGUGAAUCACUGUGGUUACCUUUAUCUCCAGACUUUGUUGAAGUUGUUGAAUACAUGGAAGGGCUUUCUAUUAUACACUCCAUAUAAUCCACAGUAAUUUUAUAACAACACAUUAUGGAUGUUUUCGGCUUUCACAGGUACAUCCAUGCAGGCCAAAGUCUGAACAGCAGCUUCACCACCACUGGGUGUUCAGAGGAGCCUGAGCAACAAGUGAACUACCUAGAGCAUGUAGUGGUCAAGGUCCUGAUAGCCCAUCCACGUCGAGGAGACCUGGAGAUCAACCUCAUCUCUCCAUCAGGAACAAGAUCACAGCUACUGGCCAAGAGGUAAAAGAUAUGCCACUCACCACAGUCAGCACAGCGAUAGUCUGGGUUUGAUUUGAUCUGCAGCGGUUCAGACAGUUUUCAUGAACCUGUCAAAACCUCUGGAUAAUGAAUAACUGGUGCAUAUGUGGAGGAAAGAGGAAGGAGGAGUUCUGUCCACCCUGAAGGUAGUAGAUGCAGUUACCUAAAAGACACGGUUUAAACUGUCAUUAUAAGGUGUUUUUUUUUUUCUUUUUUGAUAUCAUGAAUUUUAUCACUUUUAUAACAAUAAAAUUGUUUUAAAACUGCUUGGAUGAUUUUCUUUAGCCAGUCAUGUCAUCCUUUAGGGUGGUGGAGCUGUGUAACUGAAAACACCAUGGAUAUUUUGGUGCUAGAUUUCUGGAGCCUCGGGCCCCUGACAACCAUCCUCCAUGUAGGACCUUGUACACCUGUUUAACAUCACUCAGGCUCCCAAAAUAUGUUGUGCUUUGUUAUUACCCUACAUGGACUUUCCUUCAGGUCAUUAAGAUGGAAGCAGAAUGUUUGGAAACGUGGAGGGCUAUGUAUACCUGAACAGUCACAGACCAGUCUUUGUUACACUUGUGGCAUGCUGAAGCUGUAACCCAGAUCUGCAACCAGCAAAGCUUGUCAAACUGAUCAUUCAUGUGGACCUUCCAUUCUUUAAGGUGUGAACAUGGGCUAGGCAUCCUUACAAAAACCAACAAUGUUUUUUAAGUUUGCAAACCCAUAGCUAGUGGAACCAACAGGAUAACAUCAGCUUUGGGGUUUUCUGUACUAUUUCAGAAAAAUGUGUAGCUCACAGGGAUUUCAUGGAGCCUUCAUACUUGAAGAGGCUUCAGGUGGAACAUUUAGUUUGCUCACAACAAAGUCACAAUAAAGUCUGUUUAUUUCUUGAUUUUUGUAUUCAUGGUCCAGUAGCUGACCCAUGGAGACAGAGCUGUUUCAUUAUAUCUUUCAUCUAUGUCCAGGUUGUUUGAUAACUCCAAUGAGGGCUUCAGAAACUGGGAGUUCAUGUCAGUUCAUUUCUGGGGUGAGAGAGCAGAGGGCACAUGGACCCUGGAGAUUAUUGACUCACCGUCAAAGCUGCGCAACCCCGAGGUGAUGGGUAAGACACAACAACGCAUGUACACCAAAGCAAAGUUUUAUGAGUGUGUGGAACAAGCAGAGUGGCAUAUAUGUAGAGUUGCUCUCUUAACGGUUAGGAGAAAAGUAAGUCCAUUUGUCAUCACAUCAGCGAUUAUUGUAGCCAUUGUUUUUAUUGUUACUCUGCACAGGCAACCUGAAAGACUGGACCCUGACUCUUCAUGGCACGUCUCAGAGCCCUUACCAGUCCAACAGUGCUCAGCACUCCCCUUCAAAGAUGUCAGGGAUCCCAGCUCCAGAGGAGAUACUGGAGCCACCCAGACACGAAGAAGAGGAGGAAGAAGAAGAGUACAGCGGUGAGAGAGUUAAAUCAGACAGAUUUUUCCCCAGACUUAAAGUAUAAGAUGUGUAGGACAGAGACAAGCAGAGCCUGGUUCAAGUUUAGGUUAUGAUUGUUACACUUCAGUAUACAGUAAUGGAGAGAGGUUCAACAGCUGUUCAGACUAAUAAUGGAUGUGGUAAUGAAGGUGAUGACAGUGAUGAUGGUGAUGAUAAUGAUGAUGAUAUUGUGCAUUAAGGUCCAUGCCACAGUGAGUGUGGAGAUCAGGGCUGUGAUGGACCAGGUGCUGAUCGGUGUCUGAACUGUGUCCACUUCAGUUCAGGCACUUUGCAGCGUGGAAAGUAAGAGCUCACUGAAGUACCAUAAAAUUGUUUUUUGGAGCUGCUUGUGAUUUCAGCUCUCCUUCCUUCUUGUAGUUUAUCAAUAAAGUCGUAAAUGAUAAGUCCAGAGUAGGAGCUAGUGAUCUACAAGUACGUGUCUAUAUUCUGCUGUGUGCUCCCUCUGUCUGCACCCUCCCUCAUGUUUGUGUAGGACCUGUGUGAGCCACUGUCCACUGGGACUCUACGGGGAUGUAGCAUCUCGUCGCUGUAGGCGCUGCUUUAAAGGCUGUGAGAGAUGUGUCGGCCCAUCAGCAGGCGCAUGUCUCUCCUGUCGAAGAGGACUUUACCUCAACACGCUCAACUCCAGCUGCACUGAUACCUGCAGUCCAGGUUACUAUCCUGAUGAAAGUAAGUGAACACAGCUACACUUCAAGAUACUUCACAAGCAGCACUCAUGCAGAUCAGAUAUGAAAGCAUCUAUGUUUGAGGUGUCUAGAUACCUUGUACAGAUAUAUUAACGUAGGUGCCUGCUUUCUCUAUCAGGUCAGAGAAAGUGUCUGAAGUGCCAUGAUCCCUGUGUGACAUGCUUGAGGUAUGCAGACAGGUGCACAGCCUGCACAGAAGGCUACAGGUAGGUAAAGACAGGUGAGCUGCUGUUUUGAUUUAAGCUCUGAUUUUGAAAAAAAAAAAAAACUACAUUAAUGUAUUUUAAACAUGUUCACUUGUAGAUUAGGGGGGAUGACAUGUGUCCCUGAAUGCACCAAUGGGACCUUUUUCCAUCUCGAGGAGAUGGCGUGCAGUCCGUGCCACUCCACCUGUAAGACUUGUACAGGUCAGUGUGUUUUCCGGAUAUGUCCAGUUUCGACAGAACUUCACAGAGGCAGACAAAAGAAAACUGCCUCAGGGGCGGGCUAAGGUUUAUUUAGACUUUGAGGUGGAUCUGGGAUUUGUUCCAUCUGAAAGAGAUGAAGAGAUUAGGUACAGAUGAGGUGAAGAUAUGAACAUGUUUGAACCAUGUAGUGAUGUGUCUUCUGGAGCUCUGCUGGUUUUUAUCUUAUAAUACAUGGAAUCCAUGUGUGUGUUUUUUCAGGGCCGGGUAAGGAGGAGUGUAUCCAGUGUGCAGAGGGCUACCUGCAGCAGCAGUGGAAGUGUGUGCAUACCUGCUCACCUGGUUUCUACUGUGGGGAGGCUGCAGGAGUCCCUCACAGGAUGUGUCACCGGUGGGUGAUUUUCUUUUCCUGUUCUUCUUAUUUACAGAGAUAUGUUUGCUCCAUAUAUCCAGUUUUUUUAUCCUUCUUUUUUUUAUUCUACGUUUAGUAAUUGAAAAUCUGCUCCCCUUAGGAAAAGGACUGUCCUUGGUUUUUAAGGAUUAAGAUGUACAGUACAUAUAAUUUAGCAGUGUUGGCAUAAAUGGAAUCUUAUAUUUAUAGAUGCACAUAAUCAUGUAAAAAUAAAUACUAGAUAAUGGAUUUUUUUUUAAAGUUAGAAUAAGUUUAUUUUAUCCUGCCAUCUAAUUUUGCACGGAAUGGAUGAUUUAGUGACAUAUGCAUUUUUAUGGGGUUUAAGCGUGUCUAAGCAUGCACCCCUUCCACAGAGAUUAUAACCACCAUGUGGGUGGUCUGUGUUUGACUCCAGCCUGUGCCAUUUCCCACUCUCUCUUCACAUCUUACGCUCCAUCCACUGUCCUGUCAUCUCCAAAUGCAGUCAAAGAGACCAAAACUAAGUAUUUUAAAAAAAAAACAAGGUGUUUUUGUUUUCAGUGAGUGGUUGUGCCAAAUACACAUUUUGAAAAAGGAGAGUAUUUGUUGUAAGCAGAAGAAUUUGUAUUGAUGGGGACAAGCAGGGGGUGAGCAAGGGAGCCAUUCAGUCCAGAGGCUGAACACUAGAUCCCAAUAACGUUUGUUAUUUCUAUGCACUGUUCUUGUAUCUCUUAUCUUUUGUUUGUAUAUGGUCUUCUCUCUCCAGAUGUGAGGAAAACUGUUUGAUAUGCAGCGGGCCUGGAAGUACUUGCACCAAAUGCAAAGAGGGUUACGGUCUGGUUAGCCGGACCUGUAUAAAAAAUGCAUCCUGUAAUAAUGGUGAGUGUGAACAGCCUCUGAACUGAUGAGAGGUUUGAAGAAAAUCAACUUAAACAGUGAGGUUACCGCCUCUCUUUGUAUAGGUCAGCUACUCUGCUGGGUUCUUUAAACCCAGCAUGUUGGGUUGUUAAUAUAAUAUUACAUUACAUUGAUGCAUCAGAUUUCAUAUAGCGCUUUAUCAGAUACCCUCAAAGCGCUUCUCAUUGGAUACAUCAUUCAUUCACUCACACAGUCACACCUUGGUGGUGGUAAACUACCUUAGUCGUCACAGCUGCCCUGGGGCCAGUUUGCACCUACAGCCUCUCUGACUACCACCACACAACACUCACAAUCAUACACCAGUGGAGGACACAUACCAGGAGCAAGGCAGAUUAAGUGUCUUGCCCAAGGACACAACAGACAGGGGGGGAGUCGAACUGCCAACCUUCUGGUUAUUGGACGACCGCUCUACCUCCUGAGCUACCUUGUCCAGAUUAUAUCCAGAUUCAGUUCAAACAUAUUACCAGGUAAAGACAAAGGGCUCUAUUUUUGUGUCCACCGGUGAUGCGGCAGAGUGGCGGACCCCACGCAGUGGUAUUUUCGUCUGGCGGAGCCCGGCGCACAGCCAGUUUGGUAUUUUCGUAGACUGAGGUGCGCCGAGGUCCGCCAAGCUGGGCGUGGAUGCGUGGCAGGGGGAGGUGUCGACAGAAUCAGCUGGCGCAGUGACAUUUUCGUGCUCACCGGUGGCGUGAAAAGUGCGCUGAAAGCUCGCCGAUUUAAACCUGGUCAGCUUUCAGCGCAGGCGGAGCGCAGCUGGUCUAGAGGUAUUUUGGUAGACCGGCAGUGUAUUAUGCAUACGUCACUGAUGCCUCACCGGCAGGUUUCCACAGUGUCAGGCACAUUUCAGUGCAAUAAAUAAUCAUCAACAACUAUUACUCUGAGUCAGCACAUACAUUUAGAUCUAUAUAGAUAUAUUCUGAUCUAUAUCUGAUCUGAUGAGCGUGUUUGGCAUGCUUUUGGACGCUCCACCUGACCGAAUUAACACAGCUGAAACUGCAUUACAUUAAAUAUCCAGUAAACAGUCACACAUGAUGAAGUUAACAAGAUAUUUAAUUUGUCCCCCCGCUUACCCUCCUUCUUCCUCCCGCAGCUCAAUAGGUGUUAUGCCGUAGAAUGCACCCCCACCAUAGAAUGCAUCCCCUGCAUCCCAUCCACUCAUUAGCUUCUUAAAGUGGAAAUAAAUGAUCUCAUAUUGAAAAAAAGCACAAGUAUUGGAUCAUGACAACAUGUCAAAUGGAGCAGCAAACUUUUGUUCUGUUUUUAGGUAUUUAAAAAAUGCACAUACAGAGGUGUACUUGGGUAUAUAAACUGUACAUUAAGCUGUUAAGGUAGGAAACAUUGUAUUUUAGGGGCAGUAAAUAUUCCGAAUCAGAGGGCUAUUGUUUUUGGCUUAUCUGAAUAGCUUGAAUGAAAUCAUUAAAGGCACACGCUUUAGAAUCAGUCCAACGGUAAGGAAAAUUAUUUCACCUUGUUGUGUACUUUCAACCGCGCUCCCGUCAGGGGGUGCAUUCUACGGCAGGGGUGCAUUCUAUGGCACAACACCUGACAUGUCUCCGUGUCCUCUCUCCGUCCUGCUGCUGUGGUGGUGGCACGGCUGACCAGAUGAUUUAUUUUAGUGAUCAGAUGAGUUAUUUACUUCGAAAAUUUGAACAAAAAAGAAAAGAAAAGAAACUUUCACUCAAAAUUACCUGUUUAUCUGAUUUUUUCACAUCAUUAAGAUUUUGUAAAUAUUCAAUCCGGAGUCAGGCCCACAUACGAAUAUUAUAAUAUUCAGUUUUGUGAGCCAAAUUUAUUUUAUAUGCCAACAUCAAUGAAAGAAAGAGCCAGGCCACGCACAACCCACCUUUGACAUGUGGGGUGUAAAUAAAAAAUUUAAAUGCAACUUUAUGUGAGUGCCUUUAUUUGUGGAAAGGGAUGUUUGUCUUACCAGUGGGUCCAACCUUACAACACAAAUUACAUCUGUGCUUAUAUGAGACAGUGUGGAGGACGCCCUCUGCGGCGCUUACAGCGACACUUGUUAAGGAGCUGCCUUCUGUCGCAAUCGUGUGGCAUUGCUGUCUUCAGACAUCUCCUGAUCUCUUUGACUACUGCAUGAAAAUUGUAAUACACCUCGCCGGUGGCGAAUUUAAAGGUGAGGAGAGGAGCUGAUGUUAUUGGUCAAUACAGGUCUCAGCUGUGUUAAACCCACUCACCGCCCUCUCUCCUCCCUCCCUAUGACUUAAGCUGCUGGGAGGAGCUGAGUUAGGGAGGGGGGAUACUUACGCUGGGCUGCGCCGCUCACCAAAAUACCAAAUUGUGCUUGGGAACGCCUUGUCGGCGCGGUGGACCUGACUUACGCCACACCACGUCUCUGGCGAGGCACGAAAAUAGAGCCCAAAGUCUUAUGUUUGAUAACAGUAUUAGCUAGCUUGUUUUCAGCAGAGAUUCAAUGGUGUGAUUUUAGUUUUUUUUUUAAUGAGUCUUAUUUUCUCUAAAACUGAGGAUAUUAAACUGACUGUUUCUGUUUCUCUUUCAGCUGAUGAGGUGUUCUGUGAAAUGGUCAAGUCCAACCGUCUUUGUGAGAAAAAGCUUUACCGUCAGUUCUGCUGCCAGACCUGCCUGAUGAACGGAUGAGACUUGUUUUUCUAGAUCUUUUUAAAAUAUUUUUUUAAUUUCAUUAUGUUGACUGUGUAAACAUGUACUACUAAAUAUAAACAAAACUGCAUAAUAAAGAAUGCACUUUUUACAAAACCAUGAA